AACUGUCAGUUAUUUCCAUUUUGCCCUUCUAAGGGGGAGUGUAUCUUUCUCUAACAAUGCACUUUCACCACUAUAUUUGUACAUGCAACCCACCUCCCACCACUCUCCCCUCUCGCUCUCCCCCUUCUUUGAAUCAGAAUCAAGUCAAAUCAAUCAUUCCAUCCAUGGAUUCCUCAUCCACCACUACCAAAAAACUCCCCGUCUCCGCCAUCCACUCUUACCAUUCUAUGGAGCGUCACCUAUACGCCCGCAUGGUCCUAGCCCUUGGGAUGGAUUCAAAUCUGUGCAUGGAGGUCAUUGCCUUUUGGCUUUGGCUAGAAGAGCGGGGUCAAAUUGAUGUUAUUCAUCGUGUCAAUUCUUUGGAUGAUGGCACCUUGCAGGCUAUCACAAUAGUUGGUCAAACUUUCGUCGAAGCCCUUCGAUUCGAUGUUCCACCUGACCACCCAAGCCAUCACUUCCAUAGAGAAGCUGUUGGUGGAAUCAUUUACUAUCUUAAUCAUGUUUGUCACCAGGUUUUAGGGGAUAUUAGGUGGAAAGCUGAACAUGAUGCUAAACUUAGAGAUCAUAUGGAAAUGUUGGUUUAUAAGAUGAGCCAAACUAGCCUCAAUCAAGGUACCAACAUUCCAAAUUCGGCUGUUCUUAGAUCCCAUCCUAAUGUUCAGCCUUAUAUCCCUCAUGGAGAGGGGUCUAGUAGAGAUGUUAGAGAGAAACGGGUUAAUAAUAUUCCAAGUAUCAUGGAGGUUGAAAGGCAAAUAUUAUCAGGGUAUCCUUUUAACCUACUAAUGAGUGGGAUGGUAAGGCCUUUUCCACAGUACUAUGGUGGGAGGAACGCUGAUUCGAUUAUGGAUUCUGGGGACCAUCAGGAUCAACCUAACCAUGUGCCGCAAGACAACAUUCCACGUGAGGAACGCACUCUUUUUGUAACUUUCUCCAAUGGAUACCCUCUAACCGAGGAGGAACUUCACAGUUUCUUUAUGAGGAAUUAUGGAGAUGUGGAAGCAGUGAAACUUCAGAAGCCAAAAGGGAGCAAGCCCCCUCUGUUUGCACAUGUUUCUUUCUAUUCACUAGCCACAGUCCACCGUGUCUUAAACGGAAAUCAAAAGGUAAAGUUCAUGACAGGAGGGAAGCACCUGUGGGCCAGACGUUUCUAUCCGAAGAGGAACAAAGAGCACAAGGACAAGUGAUCCAAGGUUUUGAAUUAAACUUCUGCAAGCUAAUCAAAUUCUUCCAAAUGAUGGGCAGAGCUAAAUUUAAUUCUGAAAAUGAACUCCUGUUCUUUUUUGUGACCUCCACAGUCAAUUAAUAAUCCG